UGCCCCGGAGGGUGAGGAGGAGGAAGGAGGGGGCUGUGCAGGGGGAGAGCGGGGUUCCCCCCGCCAAGCCGGGCGUUGCGCGGGCUGCCGAGGGGCUGGGUGCUGUUUUUCCUGGUACCCGCUUCCAUAAGUUUCCUAGCGCCAGCUGCGCGGUGGGGGGGAAUUGUUAUUAUUUUAAUUUCUCUGCGAGCAAAGAGUUUUUGUGCUUUUUUCCCGCUGGGCGUGCAAGAAGUGAGCUGAGCCCGGCUUGGGGCGCCGGGAGCCGCUCCGAGCUCCUCCGGCAGCGGCUGCAUCCCUGCUCCAUCCUCCUCCCCCUCUCGGAGGGGGCUUGCUCUCCUCCGACCGAAGAACGGGAAUCAGAGCGCCCGAAACCCGACAGAGGAACGUGGGACGAGGAUUUGCAGCCGUUGCGGCUUGGGGGUUAUUUCAAACCAGAAAUCAUGAACUGGCACUUCCCACUUCUCUUUCUUCUCGGGACUUUAACAUCUGUGUGUUCCCAGUUCAGCUUUUAUCCUCUGGAGGAACUUAGCUCCGAUGUUGGAAUCCAGGUCUUCAAUCAGAUAGUGAAAGCUAAGCCUCAGGACAAUGUAGUAGUUUCUCCUCAUGGGAUUGCAUCUGUUCUGGGGGUGUUGCAGCUGGGUGCUGAUGGCAAGACAAAGAAGCAGCUGACAACUAUGAUGAGAUACAGUGUAAAUGGAGUUGGUAAAGCGUUAAAGAAGAUAAACAGGCUCAUAGUCUCAAAAAAGAAUAAAGACAUUGUUACAAUUGCUAAUGCAGUAUUUGCAAAGAGUGGCUUUAAAAUGGAAGUGCCUUUUGUUACAAGGAACAAAGAAGUGUUUCAGUGCAGUGUCAAGAGCGUGGACUUCGAGGACCCAAAUGCAGCGUGUGAUUCCAUCAACCAGUGGGUGAAAAAUGAAACAAGGGGUAUGAUCGAUCAAGUUGUAGCUCCAGAUGAUGUUGAUGGUUUGACCAGACUGGUUCUAGUAAAUGCCGUGUAUUUCAAGGGCUUAUGGAAAUCACGAUUUCGACCUGAAAAUACAAAGAAACGUCCAUUUUAUGGAGCUGAUGGGAAGACCUACCAAGUUCCCAUGCUGUCCCAAUUAUCUAUCUUUCGCUGUGGCACUACAAGUACUCCAAAUGAGCUGUGGUAUAAUAUAAUUGAAUUGCCAUACCAUGGAGAAAUGAUAAGCAUGUUAAUUGCUCUGCCUACGGAAAGCACAACACCACUCUCUGCUAUCAUUCCCCACAUCAGCACGAAGACAAUAGGAAGCUGGAUGACAACCAUGGUAGCAAAAAGAGUGCAGGUUAUUUUACCCAAAUUUACAGCAGUAGCAGAAACGGACUUAAAGGACCCUCUGAAAGCACUUGGUAUUACAGAUAUGUUUGACGAGUCAAAGGCAAAUUUUGCAAAAAUAACAAGAACAGAAGGUCUUCAUGUAUCUCAUGUUCUGCAGAAAACAAAAAUUGAAGUUAGUGAAGAUGGAACCAAAGCUUCUGCAGCAACAACUGCAAUUUUAAUAGCCAGGUCAUCUCCCCCUUGGUUCAUAGUAGACAGGCCAUUUGUAUUCUUCAUCCGGCACAAUCCUACAGGUACAAUCUUGUUUAUGGGACAAAUAAACAAACCUUGAAUGUGGAAAAGACUUUCUUCGAGAAGUAAACAGACUCAUAUGACACACCCAUGUUCUGUUAAAUAUUUUGUACACUACUCUUUGACUUCACUCAAGAACUAGUUUUAACCACUGACUAGGUUUUGAAACAGGAGUCGAUGUAGUUCUGGCUUUGUGGGGAAAAAUACAGAUUGAAAACUACAGUAUUUCUUCAAAAUGUCUAAAAGAUUCUCUAAACUACUGAAUGGUUACCUAUGCUAACAAACUUUUGAGCUUUUUCUGUAUCUACUAAGAAUUUUAUGUAUGGCUUUUGUGAGAGGAUUUUAACAAAGAAUGAUAAGCGUUUCUAUUAAUGUUGGUUUCUUCUUGUGUGUGGAAAAGGUCUAAUUUUGUAGAUACCCCUAUCAAGAUUACUUUUGGUUGUUGACUAUCUUGAUACCUGGGUAUUCUUGGUAGAAAUAGAUUAAAAGUUCUAGCAGUUUUUAUUUUAUAUAGUGCAUGUAUCACUGAGAGUUUUAAAACUAAUGUGGUGUUAGAUACACAUCGCAUUGUCCUGUCUUAUUGUAAUGUAAACUUGUCAUUGCUAGUAUACACUUUCUAUUGGAUUUAAAUUUUAUAUUUGUUUUUGUACAAAGGAAAAAAAUAAAAAUGCAUUAUGAACAGUCA